AUGCUUGCCUUGACAGAAUGUCACCCUAGUGAAAGCCGCAUCGGCGCUACUGCAGCCAACAACCCUAUAGUAGACUGGGUGUUCCCGGAUGACCUGCCCACCGUAGCGGAAGCAGAGCUACUCGAGCCUGCAGCUCCAGACGAAACUGCAAUGCUUGCCGACGAGGACCCUAUGGCCUUGACUGACCGCAGCGAACCAGAAUCUCACACUAACUUUACUAAGAAGAAUUCAAAGCGAGCAGCGAAGCAGUUUCCCACUGCAUGGCAACAACAUGGUGACAAUACUUCUAUUCCUACCGUCACCUUAUCCGCUGAGCGAGAUGCCCUCUUCCGUAGACCUGAGGACUACUUCGAUCGAUUUGUCUCCCCAAUACAUUUCUUCCGCUCUCCACACGGCAUGCUGCUGUACCCUAAGCAGGACGAUGCUUGGGCAUCUGAGCAGCCGGACAGCCCUGUCGACAUUGAGACUCAGAUGGAUCUCAGCCACUAUCAGUCCUACGAGAAAUCACCCCCAGCUCCUCAGCUACCGGUGCUCGCUAGAUGUCGAGCGUACGCGCGCAUCUACCCGCCUGCAGGCUCAAAUUUGAGCUUACCGGAAUGGCGCAUUUCUGCAGGGUUGCAGAGUCCAUUACUAGAUCAAGCGUCUGAGUUGACGAAGAUGAUCAGACGUAGUGUGGCUCGCCACACGUUGAAGAAGAGGUUGGGCCGCGUGAGAUGGCAAGAUGCCACCGAGAAGGAAUACUACGAAGACUACGCACACGGCCGGGUAGCUUUGGAGACUGUUGACGGCGUUGGGUUGUGGACAGAUCACGAUGCUAAUGAGCAGUGGCAAGCACAAGUUGAGCAAACAGGCACGUGGAUGAAGGAAGCUUUGAAACCAUAG